AUGAAGCGCAGUGCGCUCAUUCUUUCGUUCAUUCCCCUUGCUUUUGGGUGUGACAACCCAAGUUCUCCCGGUCACAGCUGCGCCUCGAUCUACUCGGUUUCUGCUGCGGCAGCUUCCAGCUUCUGUGCCACCUUCACUGCAAGUACAGUGACUGCUACCACUGGAGUACCAGCGGCCUUCCUCAGCAACUGCGACUACAAAACCAAGCAUCUGUCUAGCGCAUGCAGCUGCCUGGGCACCGCAGCUGCUCCUACUGCUGGGGCUCCGUCUAGCGUGACCUCGGUCUAUGUCACUUCAGCAACUGUUACCCCUACGCCUUCUGCGUUCAAGACAAGCACUGCCCAGAUUGUCGAGGAAGCAAAGGCAGUCACAUCCUCGACAGCAGUGGUCACUAACCCGGUUUCCUUACCGACAGCCAGUUCAUCCUUUACCGGUAACGGUGGAACGACCUGCACUGUAACUGAGUAUGCAGCAAUCUCGUCCGCUGUUGUGUCUUGCUCCAACAUUCUCUUGUCCGACAUCUAUGCACCCCCUUCCAGCACAAUCGAUCUCCAAGGCCUGCAGACUGGCGCUGCUGUAAUCUUCGCUGGCAAGACUACCUUCGGAGACACCGCUGACAGUGACUUUGAUCCCAUCGUUGUCUCUGGAACCAGCGUUACCAUCACUGGUGCUGAGGGCCACGUCAUUGACGGCAAUGGUGAGGCAUACUGGGACGGAGAGGGAUCCAACGGUGGCUCGGACAAGCCCGACCACUUUUUCGUUGUGAAGGACAUGUACAAUUCCCGCAUUGAGAACCUCUACAUCCAAAACUGGCCGGUCCACUGCUUUGAGAUUGAGAGUACCGAGCACCUUACUAUCUCCGGCCUGACUCUCAACAACUCCGCCGGCGAUGCCGCCAACAGCAAGAGUGAUGGAGACCCGGCAGCUCACAACUCCGACGGCUUCGACAUCAAGGAAAGCAGCUACUUCACACUGGAGAACACCUGGGUGCACAACCAGGAUGACUGUGUAGCUGUGACCAGCGGAACGGAUAUCGUCGUCGACGGAAUGUAUUGCUACGGUGGCCACGGGCUCAGCAUCGGCUCCAUUGGCGGCAAGAGCGACAACACGGUCAACGGAGUCACCUUCUCCAAUUCGCAAGUGUUAAGCAGCCAGAACGGCUGCAGAAUCAAGACUAACUCGGGUGAGACCGGUGAGGUCUACAACAUUCGCUACGAGAACAUCACCCUGUCCGACAUUAGCGACUACGGGAUCGAUGUCCAGCAGGACUAUCUGAACGGCGGUCCCACCGGUGAGCCCACUAACGGAGUCACCAUUGCCAACGUCACCUUUGUGGAUGUAACAGGAACGAUGAGCGACGGUCAGGAUUACUACAUUCUCUGCGGAGACGACAGCUGCUCCAACUUUGUCUUCGACGGAGUGGACAUCACUGGCGGUAGCGGCGAUAGCUGCAAUUACCCCUCGAGUGGUUGUCCCUAA